AUGGCAGUCCAGAGUGCCUCUCUGGCACCCCCGAGUGCCACGCCCUCUGCGCCCCCUCCUUCACACUCUCACUCCACAGCAUUGGUGCCCUCAUUAGGACUUGGGACGAUAAUGAACCCAACACCUGGCUUGAUCAUGUCAACAACAAGACCUCGCCCUCGUCUGAGAAGCAAUCCUUGGGGCUUACAAGUUGAGCCCAGACCGGUGGAGGCAGAAAUGGAGGACUGUGCCCAAGGAGGCCCCUGCCCUCACAUAGCUCCAGACCCGUUUCACGUGCCUGCAAGGACUACCUCUGCACAGCCAGUGCCACUUGAGGGUGCCAGGCAGUGCCAGGCUCCAUCUCUCAUGUAUGUUGAGCUACGUUCAAGUCCUUCCCCUAAGCCAGGAACGGCCUCAGUGCCAGUGCUAAGGCAAGACUCGAGUCCUCCUCCUGGAGCUCUAAGUCCUGGUCGUUCUCCCUCCACUGGCUUGGCCCCACUACCCAUGCCUGCAGUCAAGGAAGAGCCAAUUCCAAUAGGAAUCCUCCAGGACACCCAUGACCAUAGUGGACACUCCACCAAUGGUGUGGCCUCGCAGGCCGCCCCAGAGUCGGUCAUCCCCACGGGUAAGCCCAUCCCGAAUACCAUUACCCCAUCUAAUCCCCCUCCGUCGCCGCUAACCGGUCCCGGGGUAAUGACUUUGCCGAGUCCUAUUUGGCUGAAGAAUUCAGGGAACCGAGCCACGCAGCAUUAG